GUUCAUCGGAGAGAGUGUUCAUGUUGAACAUGCAUGUCCGGAGCAACCAGCACCUGAUGACGUUCAUGUCAGCUCUUGUGUACCUCCUGAUGACCCAACAGCUCAGAGCUCAAAAGAUAUGAAAGCAUCGCUGAGUGCCUUGGCAUCUUUGGUUGCCUUGCACUUCCAUGGCAAAUCCCCCUCCUGCGCCAUGCCACUUUACCUUGGAGACGGCGGGCACGGCCAGUGUGCUCCGAAGGCUGGUGCCAAGAAGGAGCAACUUGGGCUAACGGGCGGAGCCCCGGGUCUUCGGCUUCUUUAUGUGCCACGGGUCGGUGCACAGCUCGAGGACAAGCACAUUGCGCGGCGAGCAGUCUCGAACAGGUUCGCGCGCCUUCGCCAGAGUCUCCCGCAGACAGCGGUGACCAAGCCGGCGGUAGUGGUGAUCGAGACAAAUCUGGAUGGACGAAUCCUAGCGGACAUGGAGUACCAGGACAGAGACCAGAAGAUCGUCGUGGGUGUGAUCACCAGCCACGUGGAUGAUUUUUCUCUUAUUAUGAGGCCACUGACUUCAGCCAUUGCGGGGGUUCGGGUGAUUCAACAUCAAGAUUUCUUAUGUGAUCGGCUUCAUUACGCAAGCCUCCAUCGCUAUGAGACCUCGCGGAUGACCUCGGACUACCUGGUGAUUGAUGCUAAAGCCGUCUAUGACACGUUAAUGAAGGGUCAGACAGCUUCUGCAGGGUACAGUCUUCGUGAUAAGUGGGCCAUGAUCUUUCUUGGGCUCUUUAUUGUGGCCGGUGGCAUCCUUCUUGGUGGCCUCCUUCACGGAUUCACGGUGGACCCGGCAGCCGACGCCGAUCUUCAGCUCUGGACUUGGCGGCACUAUGGAACGGCCUCACGGGCCAUCUACACGAUGUUCGAAAUAACCUUUGCGGGAUCAUGGCCUCUGUAUGCAAGACCUGUGAUCGAAGACAUAGCAGUCGGCUAUUCGCUCUUCUUCGUCGCUUACAUCGUCUUCGUUGUUUUUGCAGUGAUUCGCGUAAUUUCGGCAAUUUUCCUCAAGGAGACGCUGGAUGCUGCGCAGAAUGAUGCCCAGCUUGUGGUGCGGGAGAAGGCCAAGGCGAGCCAGGAGUACAUCAAGCGCCUCAACAAAGUGUUCCGGACCAUGGACGUUUCGCAAGACGGGGUGGUGUCCAAGGACGAGUUCCUCCAACUCUGCCAAGACCCGACGAUUCGGAGCUACAUGACGUCCCUAGAUGUUGACGUGAAUGAUGGCUCUCACCUCUUCAAGCUGUUGGAUGACGGUGAUGGCAACUUGACCUACGAUGAGUUCAUCGCGGGCAUGAUGCGAUUCAAAGGAAGUGCCAAGGCCAUUGACGUGAUUUACCUGCAAAGAGAGGUGGAGUGGCUGCAGAUGGAACUGCUUCGGCUUAGCCACGCCAUCAUCGGCCCCAACGAGAAUGAUCCACGGCACAAGAGAGCCGGAAGGAGAAGCUCUGGCCUGAUUCGAGCCAAGACAGAGGAUGUGGAGAUGGAGAAGGAGAAGGCGUUGUUCAUCGUAGAUGCAGAGGGAAUCGUGCAGGACACUGGCAUGACGUGCCGGGCCGCUGCCACACGGGGCCCACUGGCACAGAGGCUUCGCCGUCUCUACCGCAAGAAGCAGCUGCGGAGGUCGCCGGCACCCGAUUUCCCGGUCGCUUGCGCGCAUCCAAACGGCUUCGUGAGCUGGGUCUUGCCCACGCCUCCUACGACCCCCGUGCACAAGGCGAGCACUGCACCGCUGCAUCCGCCUGUCUGCCGCAUCGAUCUGGAGGGACAUGUCCACGACAUCGCCGGUCUCAAGCCGCCACAGUCGCCCGCAGACGUCCACUGCUGGGAGAGGCUCAAGCUCUUCCACAAGAAGAGGCACUCGCGAUGGCAGGUGGAGGCGACCGGCCACGUCAACCAUCUGCACGAAGACUGGAACGAUGUGUACGUGAACAACUCCGGGACCACCACGCCCGUCAUGGACUUCGGCCCAGCUAUCCCCUUUGAAAGGACCUGCAGCAUGGACUCGGAGGGCGUGCUGCACUGCUCCGAGUCGCACCGCCUCGAGCGAACCUGUAGCAUCGACUCGGAGGGCAUCAUCCACAACCUGGAGGAGAUCGAUGCUCCUCAGCCCUCCUGCUUCGCAAGCAGGCUGAAGCUUUUCCACCGCAAGAAGCACGAGAAGCAGCAGCGUGACCUCAAAGCUUCGGAACUUCCUUUCCAGGACGAGGAGCACCAUUCGAGGCUCAUCGUGAGUCUGGAUGGGAGGGUUCAAGGCUGGCAGGAGUACGAGGAGGAGCCGUUGAUCGACCUGGGCUUCGAUGCAGAGAGGCCAGAGCUACGCAGCUACGAGCUAGGCCGCUGUGCUCCAGCGAUACGAACGACAGUCAGCGAGAGACGCGUGAGAUUGGUCAGCACCUUGGCCGUGGCCCUGCCCACCAGAAAGAAGACCGCGCAGGUGCAGGCAUCGCCAGAGGAGGCGAUGGCUCAAGCCAAGGGCAGGGGCUCGCCAUGGCAGGUGCCCACACUCCCGGUAAGCGCCUGGCCUGGGGAAAAUUCAGGCCUGGGCGCGGCGGGAGCCGGCUCUUCUUGGUCACCGUGGGAGGCUUCUGCACCUGCGCAAAGCCUGUCCGCGUCUUCAGCCUGGCAGUCGGCGCACCGUGCCAACUCGCUGCUUUCGCCCCCUUGGCCAGACAGCGGGCCUCCCUGGCAGAGCGUUCGAGGCGCCGAGCCGGGUUAUGUCGCCGAGGCUCACGUCAGAAGCCAG